AUGGGCUCAGAGCGGAUGGAGAUGCGCAAGAGGCAGAUGUCGGUGCAGCAGGAGCCGGUGGCGGGGGGCCAUGCACCGACCCAGCAGGGGCAGCCAGACCAGGGCGGCCGGGGCUCCAACGCCUGCUGCUUCUGCUGGUCAUGCUGCUGCAGCUGCUCCUGUCUCACUGUUAGGAAUGAAGACCGGGAGGAGAGGAACCGCCAGGCCUCCUAUGACAUCAAAGAGGAAAUUGGAGACUGUGAGGAGAGCUCCAAGCCCACUGUGGAGGAGGCACGUGCAUGGGGCCAGUCCUUUGACAAGCUGAUGCAUUGCCCGUCUGGUAGGAGUGCAUUCCGUCAAUUUCUGCGAACAGAAUUCAGUGAGGAAAACAUGCUCUUCUGGCUGGCUUGCGAGGAGUUCAGCAAAGAGAGCAGCAACAAGGGUACCGUUGAGGAGAGGGCUCGACUCAUCUAUGAGGAUUACAUAUCCAUCCUCUCGCCCAAAGAGGUAAGCCUCGAUUCACGGGUCCGAGAGGUGAUCAACCGCAACAUGCUGGAGCCCAAUUCUCAAACCUUUGAUGACGCUCAGCUUCAGAUCUAUACUCUGAUGCAAAGAGACUCGUAUCCGCGCUUCUUGAACUCUCCAUUCUACAAGAACUUGCUGAAGACCCUGUCCGAGCAGUCGCCAGAAUCCUAG